CCACUCGAUCCCCCCAACCCUCCCGCCAUGUCCAUCGAAGAAGCCGUUACCGAAUCUGCCCCCAUCUUCCCUCCCCCCGAGCGGUUCCAGCAGGGCGAGGUCCCCGUUCCCCACAUCAACUCUCUCGAGCAGUACAAGGAGCUGCACGAGGAGUCUGUCAAGAACCCGACUGCUUUCUGGGGCAGGGUCGCCAAGGAGCUCCUGCACUGGUACCGACCCUUCACCCAGGUCAACUACGGCGGUUUCGUCGAUGGCGAUGUCCAGUGGUUCAGCGAUGGCCAGCUCAACGUUGCCUACAACUGCGUUGAUCGCCACGCUUUCGCCAACCCCGACAAGGUCGCCAUCAUCUGGGAGUCUGACGAGCCCGGACAGGGUGAGAAGAUCACCUACCGCCAGCUCUACCAGGAGGUCGGCAAGUUCGCCAACGUCUUGAAGAAGUACAAGGUCCGCAAGGGCGACACCGUCUGCAUCUAUAUGCCCAUGGUCCCCGAGGCUGCCUAUGCCAUGCUGGCCUGUGCCCGUAUCGGCGCUGUCCACUCUGUCGUCUUUGCCGGCUUCUCUGCCGAUGCCCUCCGCGACCGUAUCCAGGACGCUGGAUGCAAGAUCCUCGUCACUGCUGACCAGGGCAAGCGUGGUGGCAAGUCCAUCGGCCUCAAGGUCAUCGCCGACCAGGCUCUGGCCGACUGUCCCUCCAUCGAGAAAGUCAUCGUCUACCAGCGUACCGGUGAUAUCUCGGUGCCCUUCAGCUCCCCUCGCGAUGUCUGGUGGCACGAGGAGGUCGACAACCAGUCGCCCGUCUGCCCCGCCGAGACCAUGAACGCCGAGGAUCCCCUCUUUAUGCUCUACACCUCGGGCUCCACUGGCAAGCCCAAGGGUGUCGUCCACACCACCGCCGGCUACCUGCUCGGCGCCACCGCCACCGUCAAGUACAUCUUUGACCUCCACGAGAACGACCGCUUCGGCUGCAUGGCCGAUGUCGGAUGGAUCACUGGCCACUCGUACAUUGUCUACGGCCCCCUCUCCAACGGCAUCACCACCGUCAUCUUCGAGUCCAUCCCCACCUACCCCACCCCCAGCCGCUACUGGCAGCUCAUUGACGACCACCAGCUCACCCAGUUCUACACCGCCCCCACCGCCAUCCGCGCCCUCCGCCGCCUUGGCGACGAGCACGUCGAGCCCUACAAGCUGGACUCGCUCCGUGUCCUCGGCUCUGUCGGUGAGCCCAUCAACCCUGAGGCCUGGCUGUGGUACCACAAGGUCAUUGGCCGCGAGCGCUGCGCCAUCGUCGACACCUACUGGCAGACCGAGACCGGCUCCAUCAUCGUCACUCCCCUGCCCGGUGCCAUCGCCACCAAGCCCGGCUCUGCCACCCUUCCCUUUUUUGGCAUCGACCUGGCCGUCCUCGAUCCCACCACUGGCCAGGAGCUCCUCGGCAACGACGUCACCGGUGUCCUGGCCAUCCGCCAGCCCUUCCCCUCGAUUGCCCGCACUGUCUACGACAACCACAUCCGCUACCUUGAUACCUACAUGAAGCCCUAUCACAAGUACUACUUCACCGGCGACGGUGUGACCCGCGAUGCCGACGGCUACUACUGGAUCCGCGGCCGUGUCGACGACGUCAUCAACGUCUCGGGCCACCGUCUCUCGACCGCCGAAAUCGAGUCUGCCCUCAUUCUGCACCCCGCCUGCGCCGAGGCUGCCGUCGUUGGCAUCAAUGACGACGUCACCGGCCAGGCCAUCGUCUGCUUCGCCUCGCUCAAGUCGCACCACGCCGACGAGACCGCCAUCACCAAGGCCUUUGUUGCCCAGAUCCGCACCCACAUCGGUCCCUUUGCCACCCCCAAGCGCAUCGUCAUCACCCCGGAGCUUCCCAAGACUCGCUCCGGCAAGAUCAUGCGCCGCAUUCUGAGAAAGGUUGCUGGCCAGGAAGUCACCCUUGCCGAUCUCGAGGACGAGGAUGGUCUCCGCAACAAGCUUGGCGAUCUGUCCACCCUGGCUGAUCCCUCCAUCGUCCCCACCCUCAUCAAGAAGGUUGCUGGACGCCAGUAAACUGUCGUCUGUUUCGUUUUCCCUCCUCUCCCCCUCCUCCUCCUCCUCCCAUCCAUGGGCUCGAUUGGCCAACUGCGGGGGGCAAAAACCAUCCAGGAAGAUGAUCUUUGCGUAUGCGCGGCCGGCUCUGAGCCCCCUUUCUUCUCAGAACACAUUCCCUGCUCUCUGCCUUUGAGUGUCUCAUUUGACGUUUGCCCUUCUGAAUAAUGAUGUCCGUCCCCUCUUUCUCCCUCCCCCAAAGGCGGAUCUGCUGUAAAGUACAAUACAGCCUGUACAAAAUUACUUCCAGAA